GUCGCGAACAAAAACUUCGCUAUACAACCGGGACCAUCGCAGGGAGCAGUUCAGUGACGAGCAACGUCCACCUUUACCUUUCACCCGUCGUUACGACAUGUACGGCUUCGUGAACAGAGCUCUCGAAAACCUGAUCGUUCGCAAGUACGGUGGAAGCGAAGUCUGGAAGAAAAUACGUCAACAGGCAGCAAACAAACCAGAAGAGGGCGAGGAACUUCGUGAACGGCAUGUUUACGACGACGCGUACACGUUCCGUUUGUUACGGAAGGCGUCUGAAAUAUGCGGUGUUUCUGAAAUGGAACUUAUGGAAGGAUUUGGAGAGCAAUUCUUCAUCUGGUGCCGUGAUUUCGGCUAUGAUCGAACUUUGCAAGCUCUAGGAGCCACUGUGCGAGAUUUUCUCUGCAAUUUGGACGCUCUUCAUGACCACCUUGCGACCAACAUGUUUCCUGACAUGAGGGCCCCUUCAUUCCGUUGCAGUGAUGGCCCUAACGGAGAGAUCUAUUUACACUAUUACUCUUGUCGUAGGGGCCUACAAUAUAUCGUCAUCGGAAUUGUCAAGACAGUUUGCCGUCAACUGCACAAUUCAAUGAUCAAGAUGGAAAUUAUUCAAGAAGUCAACGAAACUAAUGAUCACGUCGUAUUUGCUAUUAGAGAGCUCGGUCCAGUCACAGAGGAGACAGAAUGUGCUAAACUUAAAAGGCAACACUCUUUCAAGCCUGAUCUGUCCUAUAUAGACAAACUUAAAUGGUCUCCAGUUCCAGCAGCACAGUUCUGUCAGAUUUUCCCCUUUCACAUAAUUUUUGAUGAUAAGCAGCAAAUCUGUCAGAUGGGCAUCUCGCUGUUCCGUGUUAUUACAGACCACAACAUAGAUGUGGAGAAUGUCAAGCUAACUGAUGUAUUUUCAGUUGAAAGACCACAAGGAAUGACCCUAAAUUUCAGUGAUGUCAAGUCUCAUAUUAACAUGGUCUUUAUUCUCAGUAGCAAGAAUUCAUCUUCAAAUGAACUUCGUCUCAAAGGUCAAAUGGUGUAUAUGGAUGAGAAGAAUGGUAGUGCAGGAAAGAUGUUAUUCCUGUGCUCUCCACGUGUGGGUGAUCUCAAUGAGCUUGCAGGACGUCGUCUGUACCUCAGUGACCUACCUCUUCAUGAUGCGACAAGAGAUCUCAUGCUACUGGAUGACACACGGACCAAUCAACAUGGGCAGAUUGUCAAGCUUGAAGAUAUGAACACCAAGUUGAAUGUUGCUCAUUCUGCUUUGGCUGAUGCACAUAAGGAUUUGGAAAAAGAGAAAGACCUCACGGACAAGCUGCUGUAUUCUAUGUUUCCAGUGCAUGUUGCCACUCAACUCAAACAGAAUGAAGACGUCGCUGCUGAAACUUUUCCUUCAGUGACCAUUCUCUUCAGCGAUAUUGUUGGUUUCACUGCUAUUUGUGGAAAGUGCCAUCCUUCUCUAGUAAUUACGAUGCUAGAUUGCUUAUACAAAGAGUUUGAUGCUGUAACAAAGGAGAACAAAUUGUAUAAGGUUGAAACAAUUGGUGAUGCAUACAUGAUUGUAGGUGGUUUGACAAGCAGAACAGACUGCCAUGAAGAAAUGGUAUGCAACCAGGCUCUUGACAUGAUGGCUGUUGCGGGAAAAGUUCAAAAUCCUAUUGACCCACGAGAUCACAUUCAUAUUAGAGUUGGUAUUCACAGUGGUGAAGUGAUGGCUGGUGUUGUUGGGCAUCUAAUGCCACGUUAUUGUCUCUUCGGUGACACAGUCAAUAUUGCAAGUAGAACAGAAUCAACAGGAGAAGCAGACAAGAUUCAAGUGACUUCAGCUACAUACAAAGGUUUAGAGACAAAGCCUCAGUUUGUGUUCAAGGAGCCACAUGUAGUAGGAAUGAAGAAUGUUCACCAACCAAUGCUUUGCUAUUUUCUGAAAGAGAAUACGCAGCGUCGCAAGCGACGCAUGGAAUUAAUAAAACGGAGGACAAGUGUUUUCUUAAUGGAAGCCGCUGCACGAAAAGAAUCUUUGCAAGGUGUCAGACAGAGCAGAAAUGUGAGCACCGGUAGCAAACAGGAGCAGCCAGAAUCUGUUGUGGUAGAAGAGGAUGAAAUCGGUGAACACAGUCAGUCAGCUGGAAAAGAAAUUACAGGGGAACAAGAGCUGGACAAACAGGCAGAAAAGGCAGAUGAAAGAAGACUUCAUACAAAUAAAGGCCAAGAAGAAGAAAAGGUUCAGGCAAAUAACAACCCAUACAAAGCAGACAAGGAAACCGUAGAGGCAUCCAGUGGCAGUGGUUCUUUUGCUGUUCUCAUGCUGAGUCAUUUGAGAUCGUCACUUAUUUGGCUACCUUUUGCGUUUCUGGCUGUAGUGGUCAGUUUAGUUAUUCAUUCGUAUUGGUAGGAAUGAUUGAUUGGCAUAGGUAGGGGAAGAUGAACGUCUGGGUGCAAAUAACCAUUUUAUAAGUGCUGCCUCAUAACUAUGGCGUAGUUUGCAUAUUGCUUUAGGUUUAGCUACAGAACCAAAGGAGCAUGACAUUUUAGUUAGUUUUUAGUGAAGAUGGUAUAGUACUUAUACAUAUAAUGUGGUCAUUAGAGUAAACUGGACUCACUAAUUUAUGUGAAUGGAGAUUGUGAGCAACUCAAGUAAACAACUAUUUGACGUGCAUUGGUAUCAUACUAUUAUGUAUAAAUAGAUUUCUACAGUUAUCAACGACAA